ACGCUGCCCGUCGCCUUCAAGGUAGUGGCGCUGGGGGAUGUGCCAGAUGGAACAGUGGUGACUGUGAUGGCCGGCAACGACGAGAACUAUUCUGCGGAACUGCGCAAUGCUUCGGCCGUCAUGAAGAACCAGGUGGCCAGGUUCAACGACCUCCGCUUCGUGGGCCGCAGCGGGCGAGGGAAGAGCUUCACACUGACCAUCACCGUGUUCACCAACCCCACCCAAGUGGCCACCUACCACCGAGCCAUCAAGGUGACUGUGGAUGGACCCCGGGAGCCCAGAC